AUGCCCCUUUUUCUCUACUUCGAUGGAGGCCGCGCGCUCGCUCGCGCGAACAACUCGCUGCCGCCACAGGCUUCCGAGCGCCUCGUGUUGAUUCCAGCUGACCGCACCAAUGCUGGCCUAUCUCGCCCUGUUUACAGCCUCGUGGUCGCCGGGCACAACAACACCGAGGCUGCACGACGUGCCACGCGCCGGCGUGCCUGCCUCGAUGGGAGGCCGGCGGGCGCUGGCUCGCGCCCGUGGCAGGCGGAGAGAGCGCGCGGAGGCCGGCCGCGCGUCCGGUCCGUGGAGCUCACUCGCCGCAACCACGCGACGGUCCUCUUCUCGGACGGGUCCCACAGAGAAGUGCACACACCGUCGCUGGACCAGCGGACCGACGAGGCGGAGUGGCUUGCCGUCCGGGCGGCGCUCGAGAUCACGGCGUCCGAGUUCGCCGCCGCCAAGGACGAGUGGCGGCACGCGAGCCGCGACCUUCUCUUACGGAGGAAGCUCGGCGAUCCCGCCGCACAAUUCCGGGGCAACGCCGCGACGGCCUUCGGCACUCAGAUGGAGCCGCGCGCGGUGCGGAUGUACGAGCGCGUGACCGGCCACGCCGUCGAGCCGACCGGGCUGCACAUGCACGACAACCUUCGGUGGGGUGCCUCCCCCGAUGGGAUCGUCACGACGGCCGCCAAUGAAACGGGCCUGCUCGAGGUCAAGUGCUCCUUCCGCCACCGGCGGAGAGGCGCCGUGCCGCAGCUGCAAGACUGCCCCGCCGAGUUCUUCGCCCAGAUCCAAGGCCAGCUCGCCGUGACGGGACACGACUGGCGCCGCCCUCUUCUACUACACCCCGCCUGGCCAGCGUUGGCCGGAACUGAAAACUGGUUCCUUGAGCAUGUGACUAGACUCGGCGCCGAGUUCUGGACGGGAGAGUACUGCCCUGAACAGGCGAUCGCCGCCGCCGGCGGUGGCCGCCACUGGUCGCUGGUCCGCGUGCCGCGCGACGACGACUACUUUGCCGCGCUCGCGCCGUCCCUCGAGUUCGGAAGCGUGCUGCGAGAAGAAGAGAUCCUGCGGCGGUAA